GAGCGUGCAGAGCCCCGCUUUUUCCCCUGCGGUCGCGCCAGCCAUGCAUGAGUGUGCUUGGUCACCUGCACACAGUACUGUCAUCUGCCUGGCAAAAUGCAUCAAGCGCUCCAUCUGUUUGCCAUUGGAUCCUAAGCAAAUGAUGAUUGACUUGAAGCGGCGAUUAUGGGUUGCCAUGCGGCAGUAAUGGGCGUCAGCCGUGUAGAACGUUGCCGGUGACUCAGAGCCUUGCCGGGGCCGAUGGGAAGCAUCCCACUUCCGACGACAGCACCUGCCUCGGGGCAGGUAUUUCAUACCUUCAUCGUGUUCUCCCCAAGAACUAAACGGCCUUUUCACAUCCAAUCUUGGGUAUGCAAACGGCCAGCAGACAGUGCGAGAGCCCGCGGCCAACCACACAGCCUCACGCAUUUCCUCGCCCAUCGGUAUAUAUUGUGAAAUCACCUCUCCCAUUCGAAAUGAUCCAUUGCCCGCCUCCAGCUUUAUCACUAGGCUCCCAGCCUCUGCGCCUUGCUUCUCCUCCGCUCCUUCGUCCGCGGCAUCGUCUUUCACCAUGGGCGGCUCGGCCUUCUCUUCCUUGCCAAACGCUCCCUAUACCCCUCGCAUGCCCCCAGAUGUAUAUCGGCGGGUGACGACCGCCUGCCAUGCCACGCUCCGUCAACUCUUCGUCUGCGUGGCCACACCCAUUGAGGGACCGGGAAAGACCGAUCACGGCGAUGUUGAUGUUCUUGUUGCUCUCGAGAGGCGUGUGGUAUUCCCAACGACGCCCGACGACGUUGUGCCAAGGACUCCUCAUGAUCUGAUGGCAGCCAUCAGAACCCUUCUUGGUGCCGAAUACGCCGUCGUCCACCCCAGGGGUGAGUCGGCCAAUCUGGCGAUUCCUUGGCCUCGGGACAUGGAUGAUCAAGUAUCGCCUUGUGGUGGGGGGCCAGGCGCUGGCGAAGCCACCGGCGACCACGGAGCACCCCCUCGACAGAAGUACAUCCAGGUGGAUGUCCGCAUCUGUUCGGAUCUGGACCAGCUCUACUGGACUCUCUUCAAGCAUGCCCAUGGCGAUCUUUGGAACCUGCUUGGAAGCACUAUCCGGCCCUUGGGUCUCACAGUCGACGAGGAAGCGCUCUGGCUGCGGAUACCCGAGAUCGAGGCGCUCGACCGCAAGAAAGCUAAAGUGUGCCUCACCCGGGAUCCUGUCGAGGUCCUGCAUUUUCUGGGCCUGAAAGUCGAAGGCUUCUGGGACGAGCCGUUCGCGUCCGUGGACGCCCUUUUCGACUAUGCGACGACCUGCCGCUUCUUCUGGGUUCGGGAGACCCCGGAGGAUGAUGCGGAAUGUGACGCACCCGGGGUCGGCGUCGUUGGCGGAGAACAAGGCCGUGGCAGGCUCAAAGCCAACGAGCGCCGACGACUGAAAGGCCGUCCAGUGUACCGGCGAUGGAUCAACGAAUUCAUCCCUAGCCUUCGUGCCCAGGGCAAGUUCAUUCCCAAAGGCCCCGACACCUCCAUCGAGGAGGCGCGCGCCGCGCUUCGGGACGAGGCCUUUUCCCGCUUUUUUGUCGAGCCGGAAUACAGGCAGCGACUGAGAGACUGGCAGCUGAAGAGGGACAACGAGCAGGUGAAGUCCCUGAUCAAGGAGUUGGUUCCGGGCGCGCUGGAGCCGCAGUACAGGGCGUGUUUGGUGUCGGCAAUGAGGAGGAUAAUCAUGGAAGAUGACGCAACUUUCGGCGUUACUCCCCCCAACUCCAGAGGUGCGGAUGGGUUCUACGACACGGAAACUAUCCGCAACUUUGUUCAAGACAACUGGGAGCUGGUGGGAGGGGCUGCAUGGGCGAAGCAGCAACAGAGGGCUCAACUAGCCAUGCAGCUGAAGGCUUGUGGUCGCAAGAGAGGAGCGGAGACCGGUGAGCUGGACGGAAAACAACUGUAGACAAGGAAUGGACACGUUGAUGGCCCAGUGGCUUGCUGGCAGCGCAACUAAGCCCCGUAGAAGACGACUCCCCGGAGACAUAUUCCGUUAGGUAACAACCUGGAAGGGAUCCACCUCAGGGCAAGUAUAUUGGCAAGGCAAGGUAUCUUUUCGGCAACGAGAAAACCCCCUCUCCCACACUGGCCGCUAAGUUUGGACUUCUCAAC